AGGUCUACAGAGAGACUCAGACAGGUUCAGGUCUACAGAGAGACUCAGACAGGUUCAGGUCUACAGAGAGACUCAGACAGGUUCAGGUCUACAGAGAGACUCAGACAGGUUCAGGUCUACAGAGAGACUCAGACAGGUUCAGGUCUACAGAGAGUCUCAGACAGGUUCAGGUCUACAGAGAGUCUCAGACAGGUUCAGGUCUACAGAGAGAUGAAGAUGAUGAAGAUGAUGAAGAUGAUGAUGGUCCUCGUCCUCUCUGGUCUCCUCUGUGUCUCAGCUGACGUUCUACAUCAGGACCUUAAUAUCGGCGGCUGUUCAGAGUCUGAUGGAGAGAUGGUGUAUACUCUGGAUGGUGAAGAGAAGUGGUACGCAGACUUCAUCAACAAGAGAGGAGUCGAGCCUCAGCCCAGUUUCAUAGAUCAUAUUACCUACCAGGAAGGAACUUAUGAAUCAGCUGUGGCUAAUCUACAGAUCUGCAGAUCUAACCUGAAGACUUUACGUGAAGCGUUGAAGGACCUCCCAGUGGAGCACGACCCUCCUUCCAGUGUGAUGGUCUACCCCAAAGAAGACGUGGAGCUCAGAGAGAAGAACACCCUCAUCUGUUAUGUGACUGGUUUCUAUCCUGCUCCUGUCAACUUCUACUGGACAAAGAACGGAGAGAACGUCACCCAAGGAACCAGCACCAACGUUCCCUACCCCAACAAAGACGGUUCCUUCAACCAGUUCUCCAGACUGGAGUUCAUCCCACAGCUGGGAGACAUCUACAGCUGUACAGUCAAACAUCUGGCCCUGGACCAACCACUGACCAGAAUCUGGGAUGUGGAGAAGACUCAGCCCGGUAUUGGACCUGCAGUUUUCUGUGGACUGGGUCUGACUGUGGGUCUGCUCGGUGUGGCUGCUGGAACCUUCUUCCUCAUCAAAGGAAACGAGUGCAGCUGAUUGGCUGGGACUGAUGAUGAUGUCAUUAGGGUUAUGUAGAGCAGAUGUGGUACAGAUGUGAGGAGCUGCUUCCUGAAGAUUUAACUGGUUCUUUCUGCUUCAUAGAGAUAUUAAAUAUAUCUGAAUGUUAUUAACAGCUUCUACACAAACUCUCUGAUGUUCUCUGCAGGAAAUUCAUAUUUUAAACUAAUGAUCUGUGUUGUUAUUAUCUCAAUAAAUAAUCAUUUUAGAAACAUUCUCACAUGAAUUACUGCUGGUAUGAAAUGUUAAUGUUAACAAACUACACAAAUAAAAUAACUGAUUUAACCAAUGAAUGUAAAUCAAUGUUAAUCAAUAUGAAUAAAGGUGAAGUCUGUGUAACAUUA